GCACAGUCAGCACUACUAGCUACGCCCACCUUUUCUAUAAGCGGGAUCGCCCCUUGUUCUAUAGCUAUAGCUAUAUAGUAUAUUUUGGCUCUCGACCAAGGUGGUGAUUUUUUCUGUGCAGCCAUGUCUCAGGUUCACGUGUUCAACGUCAAGAUGACUUGCGAGGGUUGCUCCGGAGCAGUCAACAGGGUGCUAGGCAAACUCCCAGAGGUGACUAAUAUUGAGAUUGAUAUGGAGGGACAGAAGGUGCUAGUCACUUCCACUCUCGGCAGUGAUGCCAUACUGGCCAAGAUCCAGAAGACUGGACGGGAGUGCUCAUAUGCAGGAGGCAAAAAUUGACAAUGAGUGUUAUGUCGAAAGAGAAUAAGUUUUUGGAUAGCUAUAUACGCACGCAGUAUUAGAGCGUAGCGCAUGCGUGAAGCGCCGCGCC